AUGUUCAAUAAACUCAAGUCCUUCUCCGAGGAUGUCGCUAAAUCACUAAACGAAAUACAACAAGGAGACACACCUCGUAAAAGUCUAGAUCAACUCAAACAACUAAAGAAUGGCUCCAAUUUAUUGAACACCAAAACCCCGGACUCGAAUGAUCUACAACAACCCCAGGAUGAAACGGAGUCUAGCAAUACCAGCGAGUCUCAAUUGAACAAAGCGAGUUCACCCUCAGAGGAUAGGCCCAAAUCUGCGACCCCUUCGGUCGCUUCCUCGGGACCCUUGAAGGAUAUCGACAUGGGACAAUUACCUCCGCUCGUGCAAGCCAAACUCAGAAAAUUUGUAAAGUAUGAAGAGAAAUAUCCAGUCCUCUUAGACGCAUAUAAAACCGAGAAAAGGAAGGGUGAGCUUGUGGUUAUUUUUGAAAAAAUUCUUAAGGAGAAUACUCCGGUAUCUUCAAUUGCCGAUGCCGGAGAGCUUUUGGAAUACCUCAAGAGUCUCACAGAGAAGACCAGCAUGACGGAACAGGAGCUCAGAAAAAAAAUAAACGAGGCCACUUCGAUGAGUAAGAAGCUCAAUGACGCAGAGAAGACUUUAAAAUACUCAGAAGAAUCACUAGAAAAAGCUCAUAAAGAAAAUGGAUCUCUAGCCAGAGAGAUUCAGGCCUUGAAAAAACAGAUCGGAGACUUGAGUGUACAAAAAGAAGGCGGAGAUGAACAGAGUGAUGCCAAUGGCGAUAUCCAAAAGUCAAUUGAUGCCCUCAAAGAGCAAUUAGGUAGCACCCAAGCAGAGCUUGAGGACGCAACUGUGGAAAGAGAGAAACUCAAAGAGCAAUUACAGUCGGAAGAGAAGAAAAAAGAAGAGCUUCAGAAGGAGAUCGCAAAACUCAACUCUGACAAGGAAGCAAUCGAAGACGGCGUCCUGAAACUAAAGCUGCAGUUGACAGCGAUCCAGAGACAACUCGAGGAAACUCGUGAAGAAAGAGAUGAAGCGAAGAAAAAGAUCGUGGCUCAAGAGAGUACUGAACGAGAAACAACACCGCGACCUGAUCAAACUGUGAGCAAGAGUAAGAACAAGAAGAAUAAAAAUAAGAAGAAGGCGGCGAAUUUGCAGCAGAACACCCGCACUGAUGAAGAUACUCACAAGAUAGGCGAUGAGUCAGUAGAGUGGAAAGGGAAGUAUGACGAACUUUCGCAGAAGCACGAUGCACUCGCAAACGAAAAGGAAGAGCUUUCUAAAAAGAUCAGCCAAUACCUCGAGACCAUUAAGAAUAAAGACGAGGAAAUUGAUGACCUUAGAGAUCUGUUGAGAGAUAUCGGCAACGAUCUUGUUGCUGCGAAGGACGAGUUGAAGAAACUCGAACUGAACCCAGAGACAGAGAUAAAACUCAAAAAACUUGCAGACCUCGAAAAACUUGCUCAAGAUAGAAAAGAACAACUCGAUAAAAUCAAAGAGGAAUCUUCAGAACAAUUGGAGAAGCUGCGAAUUGAGAUUGAUAAGAUCAAGGCUUCAUCGACAAAAGAGCUUGAGAAACACAAGCAGGAGUCGUUAGAAAAGCACAAGAAGGUAACGGAAGAGUCGGAGAAGUUAGUAAGAACGGUCAAAGAUUUGAGAUCCCAGCUCUCGGAAACGAAGAAACAACUUGAGGAGUCCACUAAAGAGAUACAGAACUUGCAGUCAGAGAAGGAUAAGUUGAACGAGAGAAUCAAUGAGCUAUCUAAAUCUAACAGUGUUGAUGCUUCGUUGAAACUUGAGAUUGCUUCAUUGGAGUCCUCUGUGUCUCACAAAGACGAACUCAUUAAAGAGCUUAAAGGUGAAAUUGUCACACGAGCUAAAGAACAAGACGACUUGAAAGCGACCAUCGCUCAGCUCGAAAACACUAACUCAAAUCUCCAGAAUAGCAAUCAGAAUCUUCUUCAGGAGAAGUCUCGUCUCGUGACCGAUAAAGAGAACACAGCGGAGCGCAUUAACUCCUUGAACAAGGAGCUUUCUAAGCUCCAGACAAACAGACAUGAAAUAGCAAGUGAACUUGAGGCUUUGAAGUCAAAAUACGAUGCAUUGGUGAAGAGCAGGUCAAACUCGUCCGAUGAAAUACAAUCAUACAAGCAGCAAUACGAAGAGCUUAGCAUGAAACUGAAGGAAGCACACACAAAGAUCGAAUCCUUGGAAGAUGAACUUACUGAAGCGAGACAAAUGCUACUGGAGAGAGCACGGGAGUUCUCCACAAUUAGGAAGCUACUUUUGGAUGCUGAGGAGCGGAAUAAUAUUGAAAGCGCUCGACUUAAGAGCGAAAUACGCUCCAUUUCUGAACAGAAACUGGAGCUCGAGUCUUCACUCCAAGCAACAAUCAAACUGAGACAGAGAGAGAUUGAGGAGUUGAAGCAGAUUUCAGCGGAUGCUUCCAAAAAAAUCAAGCAAUUGACCGAGGAGAUGGAAGCACUUAGAAAGAAGUAUGAACCUUUGUUGAAGGAAAAUGUGAUCUCUCCUGAGGCCAACAAAAAGAUUAAGGACUUGGAGUCAACCACCGAGGAGUUGCGUGCAUCUCUCCAGGCUUCCAAUACCAAGGUUAAGGAGUACGAGAACAUGAAUCGUAUUCUCAAGAAGUUAAAUGAAGAGGCAUCCAUGAAAUUCGACCGACUUCUGAAAAACUUUAAACAUGUUACUCAGCAAUACCGCCAAAUGCAAAGUGUAAAGUCAACACCACCCGAAUCUGCGAGGUCCUCUUCAGAACAGCCUCCUGCAUCACCAAGUUCUGACAAGGACACGAACACGGCGUAUUUGAAGAACGUACUUAUUGGAUUCUUCGAACAUAAAGAGCAACGUGAACAGCUUAUGCCUGUCGUGAAGACAUUGUUUCACCUCGACGAUUCUGAAGAGUCGAAACUCAUGAAUGCCUUGAAAUAA